AUGGAUCCCUCUGCUUUGAACCCAAAAAACUCUCAUCAUGUUCGCUCGAACAGCUUGCCAUCGAAGCUACACCCAUUCAUCGAUCAAGUUGAUGAGCAGUUAUGCAGAUUGAAGCAGGCUUCAAAAGCUACAUCUUCUUCAUCUGAACUAUGCCAUAAACUAAAUGACCUUCAGGAUUUGCAUGAGUCCAUUGAUAGGAUGCUUCUGUUGUCUCACACCCAACAUAUUCAAGUUGAAGAGAGCGAUAAGAAAUCUUUCAACGAUUUACUUGAAGGAUCUAUCAAACUAUUGGAUUUGUGUGACAUAGCUAAGGAUGCAUUAUUGCAAUCGAAAGAAUGUGUGCACAAACUAGAAUCCGUUUUGCGCAGAAGAGGGGGAGGUGAAACGCUCAUUGCAAGUGAGGUUCAGAAAUGCUUAAGUUCUAGGAAGUUGAUAAAGAAAACAAUCAAUAAAGCCUUAAAGGCAAUUGAAACCAAAAGUUGUGAGAAAAGUCAAGCCUCUUCAGCCAUUGUUAGUUCGUUGAAACAGGCCGAAGUAGCUGGUUCUAACGUUGUCGAAUCCUUGUUAUCUUACCUAGCAGGCCCCAAGUUUUCAACAAAUUCCAGCCAUUGGUCUCUUGUUUCCAAGCUUGUGCAAUCCAAAAGGGUAGCUUGUGAAGUUGAAGAAACAAGUAGAAAUGAAGUGGCGCUGGUUGAUGCUGCAUUACAUUCAAUUGCCUCUCAAAAAACAAAGAAUUCUGAUUUCCAUGUUCAAGUUGACAACUUGCAGAACGCAUUGAAGAUAUUUGGUUCAAACAUAGAAGACCUUGAAGGCGAUCUCGAGGCUCUAUACAGACAUCUUAUUAAAACUAGAGUCUCACUUCUCAAUAUCUACAACUACUAA